AUGUCGCGAAGUGUUGAUGAUUUGGGCCUUCAACAACCUUCUAUACCAACCGGAGGAUCUGAUGGUGUUGAUGGUUUAAUAGAUAUAUACAACAACUCAACCGUUGAAGUGAAAAAUUUAUUGGCAAAUGAAUGCAAUGUUCUUUUCGAAUGUCGUUGUUGUGGUAAUAUCUUUCGAAGUAGUUUGAAUUAUUUGACACACAAACGCGUCUAUUGCCGUACAUUGCGUUCAACUGUUGCGUCGGCUUUCAGUGCUGUGGCUCUAGAUUUUGCGGAAAAAGCGCUUGCGGAACUUCGAGACGGCGACCAAAGUAGAAAGGAAGGAGCAUCACCACAACAUCAGAAUAAAGGAGAGGCAGGAACAUCGUCCAGCACGAAAACCGAUUCACAGCCGCCGAAACGUGCCAAAGGCAUUCUCAAGCGAACAAAUCUUAUCAACGUAGUCAACAAGCGGAUAAAACAUUAUGCAUUGUCACUACCGAAUUCGGAGCAUAAGUUGGAAUUGCACACACUUCCCCGAAUCUCUCGUGAUGUGGCAACAACAACAUUCGUAGAAGGACAACAGAUCAUGGAAUCAAUCCCUCAUGCAUUGGUAACAGUGGAUACGGUACCAGCAGAUCGUGUUGCGGUUGUUAUUCCCCAGGACAAUUCAAGUCGAUAUCGAGAAAUGAAUUUGCGAAAUCGUAAAGGUGAUAGCGCAAAGAAUGGUGUCGCUCGGAAAGUCGGAACGGAAGAACUUAAAAUCUUGGAACGUAUGGGCAAAUAUCAAGCAAUGAUGGUUGAUUUGAGCUUGCUUACUUGCUCACACAGUGACUGCAAGGAAAAACAACCGUUUUCAUCACUCUUCACGUUUGCAUAUCAUCUUACUGUAAAACAUAAUCGCCGUGCUACAUCGAACAAGCGAAUCCCAUGUUAUCUGUGUGAUUUUGAAUCUCAGACUUACACUGCACUGAUCGAUCAUCUGAAAAGUGCGCACGAACACUAUUAUCAAGAACACGUUACAGCACGUUUGACAUCAGAAGAACUUAAACGAGGCCGAAAGGGAAAGCAGGCAAAGAUAGUACUAAUGCGGGGACGAAGCUUGAGUCCAUUAUCCGAUGAUUUUCUUGAGACGGAAGAGUCGUCUGAUGGAUCGGAAGAGAUUGGGUAUGACUCAGCUCCUGUACUAGAACUGAUGGCAAAUAUGGAGGCUGAAAAUAUUGAAUUGGCAGUAAAGGAUCGUGUGGAUUACAUCAUUGCGGUUGUGUGUGGUGAUGUCGAAAAGGCUCCAUUGUUGGAGGACAGCAAAUAUGAGUUAAAUGCACAAGAUUUAUCUAAUGAAUCUUCUUCGAGGUUGCAAGUGCGAUCGAAAGGACGUCCACGUCUUGGUCACGGAAAAGCAGGGCAGCUUGGAAAAGUGAGUCCAUCAAUUUCGAAGAAGAAAAAGCAUGGUCCACCAGUAUGGCUUCGUACAGCACGUAAACGUAUGGAAAAUGUACCGAUGGAUGAAGUAGCUGGUCCUAGCAGGAUUUCGCAAGAAAGCGAUGAGGAAGGGAAGCACGAAACUGACCCACCAAAGAAACGUGGUAGAGGGCGUAAGCCGAAACCAAGAGCUGGACAGACAUCGAAAAAUGAUAUCGAAAAAGAUGAAUUGAGUGGAAAUAGUGACGAGGCGGAAGAUGGUCGUAAACAGCGUCCUUCACGUCAGCGUCGUAAACCAAAUUGGAUUGAUGAGAAUUAUGUCACUGGUUUUAAGAACAAACGUUCUCGUCGCGAUGACGAUGAUAUAGAUUCGGAAUAUGCACAGCCAAAGAAUCAAAGUCGACCGUCAUCAAGAGCAGGACAAAGUCGAUCGCCAUCAGGGACCCAACCAAAAUGUGUUAAAAGUGCGAAUAGUCGACGCUCAACACCUACUGAACCUUCUAGUGCCAUUCCUGGUAUUCAGUCGGAGGCAAGCAGCGAAGAAACAUCGAACUCUUCGACUCCUGCGCCAAAUGAAAACGCAUACAGCGUUGCGAGCAAUAGCCACGAAUUGAACGAUGGUGCAGUACAAUCGCCGCUUCCCUUAUCUUCAACUGGUGCGGAAUGUGCCAAAGAUAUAAUGACCAAAAAAACUUGUCGUUUACAGUAUACUCCACGAGCUCGAAGGAUGAAAUAUGGAGAUGAUUUGUUGUCUAACGUUGAUGAAGAAGAAAUGGCAAGCACGUCGAAAGAUAUAAGGGGACAGACAACACGAGACAGCACAAACGUAACAUCAGGUGAUGGGCGUCCCGCAUCACAGUCUCGUCGUAAGCAAGAUCUUUCAACAAUCCGAGAAAAUAAUGAUGAAGUUAUGAUUGUACGUUACUCAAAUGGUGAAGCAUCUCUUCCAAAGGAUCUCUCAGAAAUUCCUGUCUACCUUACUGAAACACAGCGUGAUCUUUUUUUCUCGUUCAUCCGUCCUGCUUCACCUUCAAGUGAUGGUGCAUCAAGUGCUCAUAAGUGCAUGCAAUGUGGUGACAUUAUUGCGAACAUAUCAGAGGGACGACGGCAUGCUGUGAGUCAUUUACGCAUUAUGCGUUUACGUUGCUCAUUGUGCGGUUGUGGUUCAUUUUUCUGUUCCGACAUGCGAACUCACUUACAAUACAGACAUUGUGAUAAACUGCAUCUUGCACCAAGGGGUUAUGUGCUGCCGGGCAACGUUCUACCAUGUAUGACACAGAGACAGGCUGAUGACCUUACUCGAGUUGUGGACGCAAUGAAGCCAGGUCGUGUAAUGUAUACUUCGGGAAAAAUUAUUAGCUCAACUAAUCCAAAACCGUAUUAUCCGGAUCCGAUAAUUGAAGAGCGUGUUCUGGGCACACUUUUGCCAGAAAUCGAUGCUAGUAAUGAUCAUCGUCGAAAUAUAUCAGCAAAUAUUAUAGGAGGUGUGAACACUUCUGCUGGAAAGUCGUAA